AUGAAGGAAGAUUCUAUAUCUUCUUCAUUAGAAGCUCGACAGCAAGAUGAAUUCAACUCGAUAUCUUCCAUCUAUGGAGACAUCUUUACGGAUAUCACUCCGAAAGGAUUAGUAUGGAAUAAAAAGCCAAGUCCACACUUUCAAAUCUUUUUGCAAAGUUCACAGCACUCGGAUAGGCCCACUAUAUCAAUACUAUUGGAUUUCGAAUUCACUCCAACGUACCCUCUCCUGCCACCUAAGAUCAAAAUCUUACAACCCAAGAACAUCUUGAAUGCGAAGGUUGAGCAGUUGAAGUGUAAAAUCGAUGAUCUUAUAAAGGAGUUUGUAGAAGAAGAAGUAUGUUUUGUAAUAAUAUCAGAUUUGAAAGACAUGUUGGAUGAAUUUCAAUCUACUACCGAAAAGGUGCUAUCGCUUGAAGAGGAAAGAGAAUUACGAUUGAAGAACGAAAGAUUGGAAUUGGAGAAGAGGGAAGCUGAACGAGAGAAGCAAAUGAAAGUAGAACAACAGAAACAAAAUGCAGAAUUGAACAAACAGAUCUUGAAAAUACGAGGUGAGUAUUACAACAGCGUUGGAAAUAGUAAUGGUGACGAUAUGAGUGAUGGCGAUGAGACCAACGGAGGAUAUGAUUUAAAUGAAGAUGAUGAUGUAAGCCUAGUACCUUCUGCCAAGUAUUUAGCAGAAUGGAAAAAGAACGAUUAUUUUAUAUUUGCAAAUACAAUGGUUGGUCAAUUGCCUUCCAGAUCAUCUGCAUUGAUGCAUAGGCUGAAGUUCAAAUUCAAAACCGUGAUGGGAUUUGUACCUGCUAUUAAGAAAGACUUACUUUCACCUAUAAGUAAACAAUUCAUAGUCCGACCAUACUUUCCCCAUGAUAUCAGCCAGAAAAUAAAUCCUACAAACGAAGAAUUGUCAUAUUUAUUAUCAGAAAUCAGCUUGACGAACCCAUUCUGGAAGACCGAUGAUGGUAAGAAACAUAUACAGGACCUUGAAUCAGAAUUGCAGUCCAUAGUGAACAUAAACCAUGAAAAUAUCGCAAGCUUAAUUGGAUUUCAAAUAGAUGAGACUACCAAUAACAGUGGAAGUGGAGGCUGGCAGAUAAGACUACUUACGGAAUAUUCUUCUACGUCUGAACUGAUAAAAGAUUUAAUCUCUGGUAAAGGAGAUGGUGAGCACCAUAGAAUUAGCUGGGCAUUGGCCAGAACAUGGCUCAUUCAAUUAAUUCCUGGUUUUGAACAUUUGCAAAACUGUGGUGUUAUCCAUAAGUUAGUAUGUCCAUUGACUAUAAGCGUAUGGAAUGAAGAGCAAAACAGUCUAGACUAUGACGAUGAAAAUGAAAAUGUCGAUGAUUCUGUUUUCGAUGUCGAAAGUCCCGUAACUGCAGUUUUGAGAAUAUCUCAUGCCUCAUAUGGCUUCAGAUUGUUGAAAAUGUUGAAGGCUCACCCAAAUAAUGAACUGCUUCAUGUGGAUACAGGCUCAUACUUUGAUGAUUUGAUUCCAAUAAACUGGAGAGCACCUGAACUACUGGGAGAAUGCUCAUUUUCGAGCUCAGGCCACGUAAUGAAGACCGAUAUAUGGGACCUAAGUCUAUUAUUCAUGCGAAUAAUGCUAAAUUACGAUGUUUUGAAUACUAAAUUCAAAACUCCUAGUGAAUUUUAUGCAAAAUUCAACCCGCUGGAUUAUCCUGGAGAAGAACAAUACGGAGAUAUUGUAUUUGACUUAUUUUGUAAGAUGUUGCAGGUUAAGCCUUCAAAGAGACCCAGUCCCAUGGAAUUGAAUGCUGUGAAGUUCCUUAGAGAUGGUCCCGUAUUGAAUGAAGCGGUCACAAAAUGGAAUGGUGAUAAUCACGAUGAUCCCUAUAAUUUUUCAACUCAUCAACCUGGUGCUGCAUUCGUACUUCCUGCUGGAACAAUAGGAAAUACUACUGGUAACAAUGGAAGAAGACCAUCAGCAUCAUACGCCGACACUUCAAACACAUAUAACUUGAGGAACUUAGGAAGAUAUGAAAGAGAUUUUGAGGAAGUUGGAAAACUAGGUAAGGGUGGUUUCGGUGAAGUAGUAAAGGCUAGAAAUAGGAUUGAAGGUACGUUCUAUGCAAUAAAAAAAAUUAAACAUAGAGCGCACAAAUUGGAUAGUUUGUUGAGUGAGGUCUUAUCGUUAUCUAGACUAAAUCAUCAGUAUAUCGUGAGAUACUACGGGACCUGGGUCGAAGAGAUACCCGAAGAAAAGAAGGAAGUAAAUUCAAAGGUAGAAGAGUUAGAUGAUGGUACCGAGAAUAGCCUGGAUGAAACUCAUAGCCUGGAGCAUUCUUUAGAUGGAGAGGACGAGUUCCUGGAUCUGAAUCUAGGUCUGCAUUCCUAUUUUUCGAGAAGUACGUCAUUUUUAGGAACCCAUGAUAAUUCCUUUCAAGUGGAUUUCAUCUCCAAUGAUCCGAUUAUAGAAUUUGGCUAUUCAACCGAUGAAUACGAAGAUGAAGACGAUUCUGAGACUUCUACAUCAGAUGCAUUAACUACAACAAAAUCAGUUUCUACCAGCGCAAACCAAUCCAGAUCUAUGAACCAAUUAACGAAUAGUCGUUUACUCCAACUGCAAGUUAAAUCAAUUCUCUAUAUCCAGAUGGAAUUCUGCGAGAAUAACACGCUUCAAAACUUAAUCGAACAAGGCUUACCAAAGAACCCCCAUGAAUAUUGGAGAUUGAUGCGCCAACUUCUCGAGGCUGUAUCAUACAUCCAUAGAGAAGGUUUUAUUCACAGAGAUUUAAAGCCAAUGAAUAUUUUCAUAGACAAAUCUAAUAAUGUUAAAGUGGGAGACUUUGGUUUAGCAAAAAAUUCAUCUUCUGGCGCCCAAACUUCUGACUUGAUCGUACUGAAAGACAACCAGAUCCAACAACCAAAAAAUAAAGAUUGGUCUACUGUUGUUGGAACUUUGUUUUAUACUGCCAAAGAGAUUUCUACGGGUAAUUAUGAUGAAAAAGUGGAUAUGUAUGCACUCGGAAUCAUAUUUUUCGAGAUGUGCUGGAGCUUAGGAACUGGAAUGGAAAGAGCACAUACUUUGAAUGGAUUAAGAUUAAGUACCAUAGAAUUCCCUAAAGAUUGGAAACCACAACUGCAAAAGUUGGAAAGAAAGAUUAUAACAAAAUUGUUAGAUCACGAUCCUACCAAAAGACCUGGGGCAACCGAAUUACUUUCCAGUGGACUUUUGCCAGUGGAACAUCAAGAUCAAGUAAUUAAAGAAGCUUUAAAGUCUUUGGCAGAUCCUGCAUCUCCUUGGCAACAACAAGUGAGAGAAACAUUGUUUAAGCAACCUUAUGUGUUGGCCAGAGAUUUACUUUUCGAUGAUAAGAGAGCUGGCACUGGUGUUGGAGCCCAUGAUUACUUACUUUAUGAUAAGAUGAUUGAUCAAUUGAAGAGAAUAUUCAAGAGACAUGGGGCUUUAGAAGACUUCAAUAAUAAUACCACUAAUGUAUUAUUUCCUAAACUGCCCUUUUAUUCUAGAGAGAAUGUCUAUGAAGUAUUGGACAAGAGUGGAUCCAUUUUACAAUUACCGUAUGACCUUACUCUACCAUUGGCAAGAUUUUUGAGUAAGAACAAUGCACCAUUUGUUAAAGUCUUCAAGAAUGCAUUUGUAUAUAGACAACCUGGACCCAACAAAAGACCAGGUUCAAUGCCAGACAAAUACAGCGCUGUGAGCUUCGACUUAGUUACACAUGACUCAAAUUUGAAGCUUACUCACGAUGCAGAAUGCUUACACGUAAUAGAUGAAAUUAUUCUGAUUUUGCCUCUUGCAAAGAAAGCAAAGAAGGGCAGUAACAUUAGCGACGAGGCAGUUAUAUUGAUCAAUCAUUCAGAUAUCUUGAAUUCUAUUAUUAGUUUUUCAUUUGAAAAUGUUGGAAUUGACGAAAGGAAAAGAAUUGAAGUAAUUGGAAUUUUAUCACAAUUAGGGAUUGAAACUGAGACUGAACAAAUUAAGAAAAGACUACGAGAAGAUGCUGACGUUCCAUAUACAGUCACUAAGGAUUUAAUUGACAAGUUCAAUUUCACUCUUCCAAUUGAACAAGUUAAGAUUAAGUUGAGGAAGGCAAUGAUGGAUUCUCCUCAUUUUGCCAGACUCGAAAGAGCGCUUAAUUAUUUGACUGAAAUCCUCCUGAUAUUUAAGAGGUUAGGUGGGUCAACAACAAUAUUGUUUAAUCCAUUGAGUAACUACAACAAUAAGUAUUACAGAGGUGGUGUAAUGUUCCAAGCUGUUCUCCGCGUGGAUAGGAGAAAGGCAAGAAUAAUAUCGGGUGGAAGAUACGAUAGUUUGAUUGAAUCUUUUGGAAAUAAGGAUAUUGUUAAAUCCAUGACUCCCUAUGCCGUUGGGUUUCAAUUAUCAUCAACUUUUAUGUUCUUACUUUUAAAGAAGAAUUUGCAGCAUUUUGGAAGUGGAUUAACUGGAUGGAGAAGAUCGAGAUGCGACGUUCUUGUAACAAGUUUGAACCCACAGUAUAUCAGAGAAUCAGGUUAUGAUAUACUAAGGAGCCUUAGAAUGUAUGACAUCUCAUCAGAUAUAUUCAUGACCGACAACAACGAUACCAUUGAAGAUAUAUUAGAUCAAGCGCAAUUAGAUGGAGCAAACUGGAUCGUACUUGUGAAAAAUCCUCAAUCGACGAUUCAGAGAAGGGCCAAGAGAAAUUUCAAACCGUUGAGAAUCAGAGAUGUUUCUACAAAUAAAGAUGUUGAUAUCGAAUAUGAAGAAUUAAGCGAAUAUCUUAGAAGUGAGAUAAGUGAAAGAAAUACCGAUGAAUCAGGAAUACCUCAAUUGAAUUCAAAGCUGAAAAUAAUAUCAACAGCAUCUACUUCAUCAGUUCUCUCAAUGGAUGACAACCAUCAUUCUGCAGGUGACACCUCAGAUAGUCUUGCACCAUUAUUUUCUGUAGAUUUGUCUCAGAAAGUGACAGUUGUCCCUAAUGAUGCACCAAGAGGUCGAAAGAACAACAACAAACGUGACAAGUGGGAGACAGAGAACGAUGCAAAGAUCGCAAGUUCAUCUUUGAUGAAAUCUUUGGCUAAUGCACCAAUUAUAUCUAUUGAUGCCAGGGAUGAGGUAAUCAAGAUGAUUCUGAUAACGUCAUUAGAGCAGAAGGAUGAAUUCAUCAAAAAGGUGACAUUAUCUUCUUCAAACUUUCCUAGAAGUUACGCAGUAAAUAUUUAUAAUAGUAUGUGCAAAGAGAGGUCUAGAGGGUCCAGAUGGGUAGUUUUAUAUUCCACAAAGACUCAAAGUACAACCAUUAUUGAUCUCGACAGAUAG